CGCACGAACAGCCUGAGCUUGCGCGGUGCUUUCGAAAGGCGCGUCCUGGCUUGCUCGGUUUCUCUACACUCGUUAGCUUUUACUCGUCGACGAGCUUUCGUGCUGGAGUGUGCGCGUCUAGUCGAACCGAGAAAGAAAAAGAAUUUAAAAAAAAAAAAAAAAAAACAGUAUUCCUGUUUGCGUUCGAUUUAGUCGGCACGAAUUAAUUUCUUUUUUUAACAGACGAGUCAUUCGAACCGGAAACGGUCGAUAGAGUCGUUCAGCUCGCGAAAAUGUAACGGUUGAGUGGAUCAGUUGUCUGGAAAUUAGCUUCGUCGAAUGAAGAUCACAUCCCGUAUUACGGAUCGUGAGUGAAGCAUCUUGCGGAGGAGCUCCCAUGGCGUGAAAAUCGGAAGCACAGUUCAACGAUAUUUCAUCACGGAAGUUUGAAGCUUGAUAACAAUCAGGAUGCACGCGGUUGGAUUGCAUUCGGCGCUGGCCAUCAAGCGUCAGAGAAAGCGUCGGGACGAGCAGCGUCGUGCCCGCGAGCGUCGUUAUAGCGCGCAGUCGGGCGAGAGCGGGCUGACAUCUCCGAGGGCAUCGACCGAUUCCUUGGACCAUCCGCCGAGACACCAUAAACAUGGACAUCCGAAUCGUUCCGCUGGCCAAGGGAUGCUGGAUACGAAGGUGGUUACGUCGAUCGGGAUGCUUCACAUCGGUGUGGUGUUCCUUGUACUCGGAGGUUUUCUUCUGAUGAGUGGCUUGUUACCCGGAGAUCUGGCCCAAUGGGGCACCAAAGCGUCUGGCGGUUGGUGGAACGAGUUGGUGGCUAUAGGGUUGUUCGCCAUUAUCGUCGGUAUAUUCCUGAUAGUCCUGAACAGAGUGAUCGCGAAGAGGGAGGAGAACGAUUUGGAGGAAUACGUACAGAGGCAAUUGACCAGGUCAAGGUCUGGACAUAGAUUGGAAAGGGACGUCGAGACGGGCGGGUUAUCCACGAAACACGCAAGAAGAGCGAGGCAAAUGCAGCAAAUGAUGGCCAGCGAAGUGGAAUCCAUCGAGUCACAGAAUGAGAAAGAAUCCGAAGGAUCCCCGCCCAGAAGUCCUCCGCCUGCUUACUCGCCGCCCCCGACGAUGAACGGAGAUCAUCAAACGGCACAAUCGACCCUAUUCCUCGAGCAGAUCACCGAGGAGGAGAUCAUCAGCGAUCGCGUGGAAACGUCAACGACCAAUAGCUUGAGUCCUGGCUCGCCUAGCGAGACACGGGAAUUACUCCAGAACCCUCGCCACUCGAAGCAGAAUGGUAACCCUCAGCAGGUUCAUCGACCGCUCUACGUGUCCAGGAUCUAGAUACCGGCAGAUCUUUGGUAUACCUUCUAUGUUCAAAGAACCGCGAGAAUCUCGUAUCGGGAGCAAAUUCGAGGAAGAAAAUUUUUACGAGGACAAGCUUUUAUAUGUAUGUACGUCUUCGAACAGCGUAUCUUCUACUGUUUCUACGUUAUCCUGUCGAUUGUUUAUUUCACACGGAUAAGCGAAACGAUCGAACAAUCUGGCAGUUUGCUCGGAAAUCGUUUAGAGAUGAUUUUCCAAUUGCAUACGUGUUGAAGAAUAGAAGUAUAUAAACGAAGAUAUUAGAAAUUGAACAAUUUAGGAAUAUAUUAAAGUUUUCAAUCAACAAUUUUCAAUUUUUUUUUCUUAUCUUAAGUAGAAUUUUGUUUAGAAUUCAUUCACGUUACGAUAAAUCGAAUAUAUAAUCGUUGUAGUUACUUGUUCGAAGUUAUCGAGAUUUCACUGAUUUAUUUAUUAUUGUAGGCAUUUCAAAUUGAUUUAGUACGAAGGAUCUCACUACCAUCAAUGAUUUCCUAUAAUAAUAGAAAGUGAUUAAACCGUGGGACCAAAGUUUUGUUCACCUAUGUAUUUUCACUACGAACACUACAGUGGAUAAUUUCGUUUCAUUUAUACAAUAGCGAUUGACAUUAGGACAGUAACACGAUGCCUUUUAAUUUAAAUAAAUCAGUUCGAUUCCGAUCAUCAGUUUCCACCAUAUAUAUUUAAAAUUUUCUUAUGAAUUCUUUUCAUUUCUUUCAUGCCUGAACGAUUUUACGAUUCCCGUAAAUCUAUUGGUUUAUUUGAGUUACGAAUAUCAUGGUAAUGUUUGGAUGUCCAUCGAUGGUGUAUAAAUGAAAGAGAACAGCAUGUAAUGGUAUAGUUGCAAAUUUUAUAAUAAUUUGAAUUAAUCGAAUUAACUGAUUUCAAGCGUAUUUUAUUUUUUUUAUCGUUAUUUUAUUUUUAUCGUUACAAGACAUGCAAAGUAACCGAUUGGCUAUAAAAUGGAUAACUAAUUGAAUCGACAAGUAAAUUUUCAACAAUUGAAAUCUCAAAGGAGAAACUAAUUAAUUAUCUCAAGAAAUUACAGUAGUGAGGUCAUUUAUUCUUACUAUCAGUAGCGUUUCUUUCAAAAUGAUUCGACAUCUCGAUAAUUUCAGUUCACGAAUAUUUAAACUACAAACACAAAUUUUCGAUUACCACCUUUAUAAUUAACCCUUGCACGGCGGAGCCUGGCUAAAUUGUGACCCAAACUUACCAUAAAUAUACAGAAGGGUUUUCUAAUUUUGAAAGGGACAGUGUAAAAUUUAGAAAAUGGAAAUAAUAUGAGACACAAAAUUACAUUAAAAUUGGGGCUCUCUCCAUGGUCCGCCGUUCGAGGGUUAACAAUGCAUACGAAAAGACGACGAGAAUUAAACGGUGCAACGAUACGCGUGUAGCUUUUCGACGACACCAAAAUCGAGAACUCUAAAUCAUUAGGAAGCAAGAAGAAUCUUCUUUGAGAAUAGUAUGUUUACGUAUCUUUUAGACCGCUGUCUGACGGUACCCUUUGAAUUUGCUCGCUGAUUCGUCGAGUGCGAGUCAACGAAGGGAGAAGGUGAAAGAGGAAUCCGAAAAUUGCAUCUGUAUCGAACCCAUGAAAUGAUAAAACCUUUCGUCCAUUAAAGCUUUUACUAGGCUGACGACUUCUGUAGUAGAGUUAAGGAACGUCUUGAUCAGUUGAAAGUAAGCGAUCAUUCGAGGUGCGAAAUUUUCCGAACUCUUGCGGUAUUCGAAGAACGACGGAGAGAAAAGGAAACGGGAAGGAGGAAAAAUUCUGAAAGAAGUCGUCUUGGAGAGUCGAUCGAAGUACCGACCUAAGCGACGAAAAAAUGAAUUCAACUAUGUGCAUUCAAGGACCAAGAUUUAAUUAAUUCGAGGAGCGAGGUGGAACAAUUUUAAAGAAGAUCUCGAAGAUAACGAUGCCAAAGAGAGGACGGAAGUAACGCGUAGAUGAUAUGUUUCUUCGUUCGCGGAAUAUCACUAAUUAAUCGUGUGUGUCAGAAAUUUGCUUUAGCAGUCGUUUAAGGAGAAGAGGAGAGGUCUCCGGCGCCAACAUACUCAUUACACAUAAUAUUUAUAUCGUAAGUAACAACGGACUCGAGAUCGGGACUAUGUGUUGUUAGAAGCACAAUUUAUCAAAACCGAUGUUCUUCAACGUUUAAGAAAGUUGGUCUCGAUGUCACGAGUCUGAUAUCAGUCAUUGCACAUGCGAAGUCAACGAAAUUCAUAAGAACGGAUGAAGUUGUAAAAAAGACGCUCCCUUUUCGAUUUCGAUGAUUUUUCAAUAUGUUGGAAAUUCGACAUUUUAUAUAACUUUUCUUUUAGUUCCUGAGAUAUUCGCGAAAAAAUAUCAUUAUCACUACAGUGAAUUUUGUCUAUAAAUGUAAGCCAAAGUUCGGUCCUGAACGUUUCGCUUUCAUUGAAUUUUUACUGCAUUGUGGUGGCACUGCCUAUGAGUUCACUAGCGAAAAGAUCACCCUAUAGGUUAGAGAAAAAAAGUUGCGUAAAAUCUAGAAUUUUACGAUAUAUUAAGAAAUCAUCGAAAUCGGAAGGGGAGUAGUUUUUUUAACAAGUACAUCAAGAAAUGAGACCUAACAAUUGGAACGGUUGUCGUUAAGAACUUUCUACAAUUAUUAUAAUUGGUUCCAAUGGAAUUUCAGCUCUUUUCCUUUUAUCAAUGAAUUGUAGAAAGUUUCAGUAGAACUUUUUACGUGAAGGAAACAUUUAAAUCGUAAAGUGCUGUGAAUCUCGAGCAAUUUUUAACUUUAUGCAAAUUUAAAAUUAUAAUUGUUAACUGUUUCUUAAAGAAUAUCAUUCUUCAAGUACUAAGAUAUUGGCUAUCUGAGGUCAGUUAAAUACUUUUUGUCUUCUUUAUAUUCAUUACUUCAUUCUUCAUCUCAGAAAUAAAGAAUCAGUUACGACGAAACGAACAAAACGAAACGAAAGUGAACAAUAAAGUAUACGGUAAUAACUGAACGAAAUCUCUCCGAUAAUCAUGAUGUGUUACCGCAGGGAUAGGCAUCAAUCUCGAUACAGUAGCCGUUCGAUAAUUCCCUGCCAUAUAAUUUUCUGUUAGGAACGCCCCAUGUUCAUAUGCAUUACUCACCCCUGCGCGUCUACCCCACUAUCUCGCUUAGAUAAUCAAUGAACGUAUAGCUGUGUCACAUAAACGAACUGUGAAAAAUGAGCACAGUUCUUUAGAAGAGCCACUUCUAGAGCCCUAAAGACGGGGAAUUAUUGAGCAGCUACUGUAUACCAUAAUUGAGUACACAUCAACGCGUGUUCGGUCAUCUUAAUUAUAAAAAUCAUUGACAGUGGGGAUCGUGGCUAAAAUGGCACUGCCAUGAAGUACCCUUUUAUGCCAGGUACUGUGCAGAGCUGGAAAGAAGUCACUCGAGAUGACGCAGGAUAUUUAUUAUACAUUAGUCUAUUAGUGGAUGUGAUCAUUUCGAUAAAAGAUAAAAAUGUGUGCAUUUUAUUCCUAUGGUUAUAUUAAAAAAGAGGGAAUCCUAUGCCUUCCAAGUGCCAUCUUUCCAGAUCGGUACAGUGAUCGCAUACCCCACUAUUCCAUCCAUAGUAUCCGUCCCUAUAACGCCACCCUUCCCUAUAGAGCUGCUAGUAAAGUAGGCUCGAGCUCCCAAAUAUUCCAGACAUAGGCAUUUUUUGUUCCCAUGCCUGGUCUAAACGCACCAUAGUGCACACAAUGAAACUAACAAUGGAAGAGAUUUCCAAAGUGAGCUCCACCGACUGAAACGUUUAAUUCUGACCCUGAUUAACCUUCUACGUGUCGAAGACAAAUAACGAGUAAUCUUUUGAAAUAUUUGUAUCUUAAUAGAACAACGAGUGAUUGAGAUAAAGUAUUUGUUCCAUUAUUAUAAGUCACGAUGGCGCACGGGUGAAAAAGAUGAAGAAAAUAUUAUUGAAUAUACGACGAAUUGUACAGGCGAUUAAAAUUGAAAAUUGCAUCCAGAUUCGAGCACGCUUAUUCUUACAUUUCGUUCGCAAUAUCUUGGUAGCAUCAAAACGAAUUACAUUUACAUAUAACGUACCUGCUUUCUCAUAAAUGCAUUCAAAUUAAAGGUGUGAGGGUAUUCGAGAAGACGGGUUGGAAUAUUACAUAGAUAUGAAAAGUAGGCCGAUAAGGCUUUGAUUAACGAUUUUCCGAAAAUUCGUAUAGCAGGGAAACUUGGCUGAGUUGGUUCAAAUUUUUCCGCACUAGUUUGAUCGGCGCGAAUUUUAUCGAGUUCGCCUGAGCCCGUAAUUUCGGAUACCCCAAUACCCUUAAUUGAAAUUUAUACACGUUGCUUUUAAGAUUAUUAGUAAAGGCAGUUGCAAUCUCUUUCGGUGUUUCGAACCAGGGGUUUGGAGUGUCCAGUGACUGAUAGCGCGGUAUCGUUAAGAUAGUUGGUAAUUUUAAUAUGCUAUAUUCCAUUUUAUAGUACUAUGGGUAUUUAACUACAUAUGCUAGCUUUAGACGGCGAGAUAAUCGAAAACGACCCGAUUCACGUUCGUUCGCAUUUUAUCAUUCUUUGUUACUGAUCUCGCGUAAAUAGAGCAUGCUGAUUAUUUAUUUUCUUUCCUUUGGCUCGUGAAAAUUAUACGAACGUGUUACAGACAAUAGAGAGUUGUAAAGAUUCGAAUUUUCGUUGCAGCACAAAGUCUGUCCCGCAACCUGGUCGUUUUCGAGUGUCUUCAAGAAGAAAUUGCCACGCUCGGGCGCUACCAUUCUGUGAUCCAAUGAAAAACUUAAUUAAUUAAACUCAUACCGACAAAAAAAGGUGGAUAACAUUCUUUCGAAGAAUCUUACUCUGUACAUAUAUAUACUAUUAUACAUCUCUACCUUUUUUAAAUUGGGGCACCGUGUAUUUAUUAAUGAGAAAAGAGGGCAAGAAACGAGAGAAAUGUCGAAGACAAGAUAGGGAAAGAAAAAAAAAAAAGUGACGUCCCCACUUUUCGUAUUUCGCGUAAUUCCAACUUUUUGUGUGCUCUUGCAAGGCUAAGAAAGAAAGGGAGGGAGGGCGCGAAACAGAGUGAAAGAUAAAGAGAGAAAGGGUGAGAGAAAUUGGUUUACACAAGGAACGCUCAAAAGAAAACAAAAAAAAUACAGUUCGGUUAGAUUGAAUGUUGAGUGAAAGUGCCUUUUGCGAUGUGUUUUGUAUUUCAUCUAGCUUUUCGGUGUUGAAGGGAAACGACUUUUUUUUUAUUGAUAUGUUCAUGAAGUUUUCUCUAUCGCCUGUGACGAUCAAUAAUGUUUCACAAUUUUUCUAAUUUUUUAUAAGCUCGAUAUGUAAGUUACGAAUUUCUUGCUCUUGUGUUUUUUAUAAGUAUAGGGUGUUUCAUAAAUGAAGAAAUAAUUUUAGGGGUAGUGGAGUAAAUAAUUUAUAUUAUGUAUAUGAUUUUCACAAUUUUUGUAAAUAAAAGCAUUUUCUUCGAAAAUUGAUACAAUAUUAGUGCAAUACUAAUUUCUGAAGGAUGUAAACUAAAUUAUUUAUUAAACAAUUAAAAUUUUUUGAAUAUUUAUGAAACGCCCUAUACCUGAAACCAGUAACUAUUGGCAUCUGAAUUGAAAGAAACUAUGUUAAAUGUUUCUCCAAAAAGUGUUUCCUAAUGAAACGUUAUGUGGACAAUGGUUCACAAAAUUAAACUUAUCAAAUUGCAUAGGCAAUUUAAAUAUCAUUUGUAUACAUCUUAUAAUAUUCUUAUCCAUAUCUGAAUUACGUGUAAGUGUUAAGAUGAUGUUACCAAAAUGAAGAAAAUUAAAACAUUCUAUUUUCUUAUCUCGAAAUUAACGAAUAAUUAUUUGCGUAAAACAAUUCUACAAUGUUUAUGAAAAGAAUUUUUAAUUAGUAUGUACAGUAGCGCAACUGAGAGCAGGGGCGUCAGAAUUAAAGAAAAUUAAAAUUUUGAGAAUUCUUGUUUAUCUAAUUGACUUGACUGCGAAUGUACCUCGAGCUCGUAAUAAUGUACAACUAUGGGCAUAGGGCACUACUUGCUGAGCAUCCCUUCCCUAUAGCAUAAUUAUGGUUGCGCCACUGUCUAUAAUGAUGAUAUUUAGGUGACAAUAAUUAUUGGUUUAUCAAAAAACGUUCAACGUUAUUUGUUACCGCGGUACCUUUUAAUAUAAGAGCGCAUACAAUUGUAAAGAAUUAAUUUACUUCUUUCAUUCCUUCGAAACUGAAAGGCUGAAAUUGCAGAUUAACUUUAAUCGUAGGUGAUUCAGUACUUCUCUUGUAUUCAUUUAAAUGAUCUAUCUAUUAUACAUUGUACAUGUAUAUUCUCUGAAAGGUGAACUUAUUCUAUAUUAUACCGGGUUGUAACUUUUUAUUGCUAUAUAUUAUAAUGGAUUUUUAACGCACGACAGAUAUCUUAUUAGGAAUCGAACCUGUAUCAAUAGAGGGACGGGGUUAAUUGAAAAUUGGCGGGUUCCACGGCACGUUAAAACGAGAUACAGAAAUAUCCUAAAAUAAGUGGUACAGUUACUUUUACCUAAUACCUUGCGCACAUUCGUACAGUUUAUCCAACGAGACGAGACAGUAAAUUCGAAGAAAUUCACGUGCUCGAAGCAGGCCCAACUCACAGUAAAUACACAGAUCUCGACCGAAGCGUUUGAAGAACCGGAAACAACUGUGCUUCGAUUCUACGUCGAGCGCGUGAAUUUGUAAACAUAUACUGACUCGUCUCGUUGGACGGAUUAUAGAGUGUGAAAGCUUAUGAAAUAAAGCUUCGUGUUACUAUUGAGGGUCUCGUCGAACGGUCAUUGAACUAAUAAUAUCUUAUGAAAAAUUAUGUAUAUUUAUUUGUCCAAAUGAAAAAUAGUAUAAAAUUUAGAAAAUGAAAAUAAUAUGAAAUAUAAAAUUAAAGUAAAAAUGGGGUUCUCUCUAUGGUCCGUCAUUCGAGGGUUAAUAAUGUUAAAGGUUCUUGAUAGUUUUCAUUUUUAUGACUAUAAUACGUUUGCCAUGUGAAUGUAUAAUUUAUAGUAUUUAGUCUAAUUUGAGCACCCAUGUUAAAAACUGAAGGAAAAGGAACUGGGUCAAUGUGCCUCUCCGAAGGGACCCUCAAGCACGAGAGGUACUUUAAAGAAUUUCAUCAGGACAUUCGCAGGAUUAUUUUUCCUACGAUUGCGAGUUUAAUAGUGAUAAGCAAAGCGUUGAUGGGUUAAUUAACGAGAGAUGAGUCUCGCGUGGGUGGUGUGCAUCGCACGAGGCGGGCACAAUUUCUCGUAUUGAGCGACUAAUACAAUUUGUGAAAGUUUACACUUUAAGCUCAGUUUAUACUAGAUCGUAACCUUGCUCGGUAAUUAAUUUUUUUCUCAAACUUCAUUACAUAGAAAAGGAUUAUUCAAAAACGUAAGAUAUCGUGAAAAAACAAAAUGGCAUCACGUGAUGUCCCUAGCUGUAACGUGACACUUACGCAUGCGCGCGCAACCUCCUAGUGAGGAAAAAGUCCCAGAAUCGCGUAUCACUACACGAAGGGAUGAAAACCACUAUGAAGGUGCGAUGAUGGUAUGGUCUAGUAUAAACUGACCUUUAUUCUUCCAAGCGCGCCUUUCCGUGGCAAAGUUGAUAAAACAACCGUUUUACAAGUCUUCUGUAUACGGGGAUGGUUCCAUCGAGACCGUAAUAGACCCGCGACGUUCCCCGCUUAUCGAUUCGACGUUCCGAAGGAUGGGAAAGAAGGCGAGGCGGUUUGAAACGAGGAACUCGAUGAGACUUGAUAGAACGAAGAAUUCCUUCGUGAACCCGGAAUCGAAAUUUCUUAGUAAUAAGAAAUCCGUCGAUCCUUACGAAGGGUAAAAUCUAUACCGUUGUUUCCUUGUUAAGACGUUUCGUGUAAUCGUAAAAUAACGAGUUCGCUGCAGAAAAGAAACUGAAGAAACGAUAAGGGAAACAAGGGAAACAUUGAGGGGACCUCGCAGUUCUGACGUCUUCGAAAGGAAAGAAUAAAUCAGAAUUUAUGGUCGUAACGAUAGCGUUCUUAGGGAACAUUUCGAGGAAUGAAAUCCCUUCGAAAGCGAUUAAUUUAACGUGUAAGCUUAUUGCAUGUACAAGUCCUAAGGUAUAAAAAUACACGAUAAGGGAGACGAAUGGCUGGGAUGAGCGGUGACGAUCUUUAUCAUUGUUAUAAUUAUAGUUCUUACAUACAUUAUUGCAAUACUUAUUACUAUCGCAACUGUUAUAAAUAGAUAUUAAGAAGCUUUCUUAUGCCGUUUCUCUAUUGUACCACUUAUAUACACAUGAUGCACGACUUUUCGAGAAUAAAUCUUUAUGAAACGCUCCAGUCUUUGUAA